AUGGUGGUGAGCGGGGCCAACUACACCGACGGAAAGAAGAAGCGCAUGGGCCUGACACUGGCGCUGAAGAACGAUCAACGGGUGGACCCCGAGGACACACGUAGCGGGUCCCGGAUUGUGAGCUGGCCAAGAGCUUCCUGCGAGACUGAGGCCUGCUCGAAGAAGUCGGACUCGGACUGGGGCGGGAAGACCUGCGAGAGCUUCAUCAAGAAGCUGCUCCUCAUGGAGUGA